GCACACCUUUCCCUACCUCCGCGGUCCUCCAGCCUUUUUACCUUCUUGACGGCUACCUCCACCUCGUUGUCUGCCUGCCUGUCAACUUUGACCCGCAGCUGCUCAGCAAAUGUCACACAGCCAGCCAGAGGCCCGUGCUGCAGUAGUGGGGGGCGUCAUAAGGGGGGAAUGAGCUAGAGCGCGAGAGAGGGGGGUGAGAGAGGAAAAAUAACAACAUUAUUACGGCUUCCACCGCAUCUCGGCUCUACGUCCCCGCGGGCCGAUCUCCACAUCCCCGACCGGACGCCGCCGACACCUGCCGUGCCGCGUCCACGCGCUCUCGGCGUCGGAAAGAGCAAAUCGACGGUGGCAGCAGACAUGGACAAGAACAUGAUGCUUCUCAUGAAGAUGUCCGCCAUCCAGCUAAGCAAGUGGCUUGUAACAAAGAUGAAGCCCAGCAGAAGAUCCUGGGACUGAAGCACGCGUCACUUCACACCGAUGGCCUGGGCUGAGUUUCAGCUGGCCCGCUGAAGCCAUGGGGAGCUGUUGGAGCUGUCUGUACAGGGACCCCAGCCGAGACAACCAUCUCACCAAGUUUAAGGUCAUCAACGUGGACGAUGAAGGCAACGAGCUGGGCUCUGGUGUCAUGGAGCUCACCCAGACGGAGCUCAUUCUUCACACGCGUAAGAGGGACGCCAUCAGGUGGCCGUACCUCUGCCUGCGCCGCUACGGCUACGACUCCAACCUGUUUUCUUUUGAGAGCGGGCGUCGUUGCCAGACUGGACAGGGAAUAUUUGCCUUCAAGUGCUCUCGGGCUGAGGAGAUCUUCAACCUGCUCCAGGAGCUGAUGCAAUGCAACAGCAUCAACGUGGUGGAGGAGUCCAUGAUGAUGUCUGGCAGCGGCCACACGCCAGAGAUGGAGAUGUCUCGUGCACCACAGACGCCCAACACUCCCGGUUUCCCUGUGCCGGCUUUUCCCAAUGGAUACCCUGGUUAUCCAAUCAGAGGGGAUUCCUCCCAGCCUUCCCUUGCUGAGGAUCAUGGACACAAUCUGAUGGCUUUGGAAGACCAGACCCACACUUAUGUGAACACUGUUAGCAUGGAAGGGGAUCUGGCCAUGCGUCACUGUGUGCACUCCCUACCCGAGGUGCGGCCCAGCACUUUCACCGAAACGACGCGCGUCGGGGGCCAAGGGAACGCACAGUCCAACCUACGGUGCUGUCCCCUCGAGGAGCAUCAAGAUCCACAGGUGUUCAUGCAGCCAUCGUCGCAGGAGGUCAAGUUCAUGCUGGGCCCCACUCCAGCUCAGCGUCAUCUACUGCAAAGGGAACGAGAGCGGGAGAGGGAGCGGCUCGCUCACGGCCCCCGCAGCCUUCAGCCAGUAGAGGGCGCAACAGGCUCAGAGACGGACGGAGACGAGCCUUCGAUGCACAUGUGCAACUCCCUCUCCUAUCACCAUUUCCAUCACCAUCCGCACCGGCACCCGUGCCACGAGCACCCUGACAGUUGCCGGGGCGCCGAGCUCACCUACGAGAACAUCAACGGCCUGAGGAGCGGGCGGAAGCAGCGGCUGAGUCCCAGCAGCGUGUCCCAGUCGGUCGGUUCGAGCAGCAGCAGCAGCACCGGAGACAGCCACUCCCACAGCCUCCUCCACCCGCACGGCCCAUCUUCGCUUCCCCCGCAGGGCUACGGGUGCGAGAGAGCCACGGGCGGAGGUCACCGCCGGACGGCCCUGCUCAACUACGAGAACCUGCCCUCGCUUCCACCAGUGUGGGAGUACAGCGCCCUGCAGCGCGACGACGAGCAAGAAGACGACGACGAGGAGGCGGACGAGGAGGAAUACGAAGAGGAGGAGGAAGACUUUGAUGAGUACGAGUUUUCGGAAGAGCCCGAGACGAACAACGGGUACCACCCGGACGGGCGGGGCAUCCACAGAGAUGCCCUGCAGAACUAUGUCAACACAGAACAGGUGCAGCCGCCCAGAAUGCGACACAGCUGCCCCCCGCAUCCACGACCAUGUCAGCCCGACAGAGGAGGGCGCAUAUUUAACUUUGACUUCCGCAGGCGCUCGAGGUCAGGGGUCGGAGUCUGCGAGCACGGGCACAUGCCUCCGUCGCGGCAGCUGAACUACAUCCAGGUGGACCUUGAGGGAGAAAGUCCCUGCCAAGCUCUCGGCGCCGGCGGGGGGCCGCACCAGCGCCUGCCGCCCCAAAAGUGCGGCCCACCGGCACCCCGCCGCAGCGAAUGCUACGCGGUCAUCGACCUGAAGAAGACGGCGGCCAUGUCCAACCUGCAAAAAGCUCUGCCCAGGGAUGAUGGCACUUCCAGAAAGACCCGUCACAACAGCACAGACCUGCCUCUGUAAACCACGUGGAUCGUGAGCAGCAGACAAGACGACAGAUGAAAGGCUCAUCCUCAUUUUAGCACACUGGAUUCGUCACUGUCAUCCGGCCAUUUCCACUGCGGAGCUGACUAAGACAGUACAGUAGACCAAUGUGUGAAGAGUGAAGUAGCAGUCUACAGCAUAUUGAGCUCCAUGACAUCUACCUACUUGACUGUUGUGUCAAUCUUCAGUCCAUUGUGUUGAUGUUCACAUUUCAGCCUUGAUAUUAUUUUUCAUGAUUGUAUGAUGUGCUUAAAUUGUCAUUUCAGUGCCAUAAACUUGGUCAGGGUUUCCAGCAUUUAUGGUCAGAAGUCUGUUUUUAGUUAUUUAUUGGUCAGUGCAGUUGUGCCUUGAGAGGGGUGUUUAACUCAUCCAUGACUUCAUCAAUCUUUUUUUUUCGUAAGAAAACUAGCACCAGUCAGGGGACAUUGUGGUGUUCCUUCUGGUGAGCGCUUCUUGGCCACCUGGGGGCAGUAUAACAAUACGUAUAAUACGGACCUAGCCAUACAUGGACCGGUCAAAUUUCCUAAGAAGGCCACUGUAAUAUUGUAAUUUGUGUCAUUCUUCGUAGAGGAUAAAGAAUAUGUGUUUGUGAGUACUGUUAUCUCUUCCCUAAAUGUGCUACAUUUUUGCCAAAUGUCUAUUGCUUAAAGGGUUAUAACUUCUAACACCACGACGCCAAUGCUUUUCUAAUAUCCUGUUGACAUUUUGCAUUAUUUGUUCGCCAUAAACUAAAGGGACUUAUCGAAAGCUAUAUGUGCAUGUUUUAAAUGCACAUUUCAUUCUCUUUCAUAUUUAGUUUGAUAGUAAACCUCAACUGAGAGGAGCAAUAAACAGACAAAAGCUGCUUUUUUGACAAAUUUGGCACUUUUGCUAACUGCUGCUUGUUGUGAAGUGAGUCGAGUUAAUUUUUCCUCGCAAGUCAAAACAAAACCAUCUCAAGGCAUCGCUGUAAAUGCUGACGUUAUGCCACUGCAUAUUAUACUCCUGCAAGUUUGGCUUUUGAGCUGAAAAUGUUUGUGGAAACCCUGCACUGAGUCCCCAUUGCCUAAAAAUUCAUCUUUGGCCUUGAGUGAUAUCACGAGAUGGUUCUCAAAAGGUUAUUCAUGACGUCACCGUGUACAUAACCUCAUCACCACCCAUGUAGCUACAUCUAAUAUCCAGUGACCAUAUGAAUUAGUAGUUGAGGCGCAUUCACGUGAUCUUACCAAGUGGCUCUCGAUGACAGCUGACGCCGUCAAAGCGUGUCACUUCUCAGUCUCGGGUGUUUAUGCCUCAGGCAUCCGACACCCCGGAGGCCCCGCGGUCACAAUAGCUUCUGCCUGUGUUAUCUGAAGGGCAAGAUAACAACUCUCCUCGCAAAGUUCCUCAAACUCAAUUUAUCAAGCGGGUUGUUAAACCAAAAGGGCUUGCUCUGUUUACCGUUAAAACAUGAAAUUGUAUUAUCUAGAAGUCCAUUUCAAGAGUUUUCUCACUGUGCCUUUCAUAUGGACGCCGGGGCAAACACAUUGAUGGGGUCAGCCUGUUGUCAGAAAAAAAAAAAAGGUAACGGUUUGACAUUUGGGGAUUUACUCAUUUAUAAUUCCACCCUCAUGCCUGUAUUGUUGAUUUUGAAAGCUGAUUCAUUGAGUGGCACGGAGACUGAACGUGCAUCUCUGCACCGUAUAGGCUCAUCUGAUCCUACUCUGGUUGUCUUGUGUAAGUGUAAACAAGAAAAGAUAAACACAAAGGAUACGCUUGGUUUAUUGAAUCACAGUUUGCUAACAAUGUGCGUAGACUUCCAGUAGUCGCUUUUCCCAACACAUAAGUCUAUUUUUUCUACUCUAUUUUUCAUGGCUGUUCGAAUCCGUGUCUUGGCUUAAUAAUUCAUCAACUAUUAUUUGGUUAAGAAGAUAACAUUUUACAUGAACAUUAGCUUGCCAACAACCAAUUGUGAGCUAAACUGACUUGAUGAUUUAAAUCUAAAAACGUUUUAAUAAACAAAUGGUCAUUAGUGUUUCCCAACCUUUGAGUUAAGGCAUAAAAAUCUUUACAUUACAAAAAUUGCUUGUUGAACAACGGUACGUUAUUUCUAGCAAAUGAAUAAUUUUCAGGACAAAUUAGCAUACCGUAGCAUUAAAGUCAUUAUAUCAACCUGAUUCCGUAUCAGAUCAACUUAUGGGGAAUGUGGCAACUACUUUUGGCAUUGAUUUGCCUUUUUGUUAUUUUCGUUUGUUUGCAAGCACCUUUUCUAUGUUGAAAUGGGAAGUCAGAAAGAGAAGCAGACAAAAAGUGACACGUCAUCCUCAUCAGGGCAAUUGAAUCAUUUGGACCAUUUCGUGUCAUACUCGCUAAACACAAAAACCUCAUGGUCAUGCUACAAAAUAAAUACCAUAUAUAUACUAUAUCGAUAUUCUGUACGUGCUCUUUUGUUUGUUUGUUUUUAAAUACAAGACUAUCAUUGCCACCGAGGGGAGGCGGGUGCACUGUCCAUGUACGGUUCAGAACUGCACACAUUUGUGUGUGCGUGAGUCCGCCUACAUGAUGUCUACAUUGGCCUGCUUUUCCAACUAUGGGGUUACUUCCCCUUUGAAAGAGUGCCAAAUAUGCUUGAGCAUGUAAAACGUGGGAACCAAAAGAGUAUGGAUGACCCCAAGAGCCCAAAUUCAAUCAUUAAAUAAUAUAUAUUUAAUAUAUAUUUAAUCAAUAAAGUGUCAUGAAUUCAUUUAAUUUAGUAAAUAAAUAACACUGAAAUAUGUCAGCAUAUUUUGGAUGGAUUUAUUGAUUUAAUUUUGGCUCUUUUAGUCCUCCAUAGGAGAGGGCCUCAUGAAGCAAAUCAUUGCGAUGCACUAAGGAAAAGGUUCUUUAUUUUGUCUCAGUUUGCAAAUUAAAAAAAAAAGAAAAAAGAAAAGAAAAAUAUUUCUUCAAGUGUUUGUUUUAUGUGUCUGUGUGCAUCCAUGGAUGACGGUCUGAAAUAGCCAUUAGAAGCCCCUUUGCUUCAUUUGUUGGACUGUCAAAAUGGACAUUAGGGUGAUUUUUGCCCUCGUUAAUCAUUCCGCACGCAGAUGACUUUUACUUGUCUGCUGUCCUCUUAAUUGAUCAUCUCAGAACAUAGUGAGCCUGAUACUUGGGGACUACUAUCAUUUAUAGCGUGUGGAUUUGUCCGAGAUGUACAAGUCAAUGUAAUUCCAAUAUUAAAAUGAUGCCAUGAAAAUAUCUUAUUGUGCAUUAAACAGUGUCAACUUUG